CUGGUAGCACUACCCCUCUACUACCCCACCCCCGCCCAGCCAGCUAAGGGGCGCCAACGCGGCGGUGGGGACAGGAGGUGGCCGGACGACAGCUGGGGGGGCGGCCCUGACCUUCCAGCAAUCGAUGGGGCGCGGCCGGCCGCGCGGAGCCGGGGCGGUGCCGGAGCCCCCUGCAUGCUGUCCGGGCAGCUAUAAAGCGGCGGCGCGGGGCUCAGGCUGCAGCUGCAGCGUUCAUCACAGCCACAGCCCGACCAUGAAGCCUCCUCUCCCCCCACCGCCGCUACUGCUACUGCUGUUGCUGCUCGCAGGCUCCGCCGCGCUCCCCGCGCCUCCCAGGACCCCAAGACACUCAGACGGGACGUUCACCAGCGAGCUGAGCCGCCUGCAGGACAGCGCCAGGCUGCAGCGCCUGCUGCAGGGUCUGGUGGGGAAGCGCAGGCUGCUCCCCAGGUUCGCCCUGGAGGGGCUCAGGUCUCUCUGGCUGCCUCCUGGACCAAGACCCGCUGUCGAAGUUUCAGAGUGGACUGAAGCAACCGGACAGCCCAGAUAAGGGAGGAAGGGGAGUCUCCAGGAGCCUGGCUGGAAUAAUUUGGUUGUCCUUGGCAUCAAUAAAGAAGGAAUUUAAACCCUG